AUGAAAGUAGAACUGAAAAACACAUUCAAUGUUAAUGUUAGUUAUGGAAAGUGCAAGAGGGCUAAGAGGCUGAUUUUAGAGAUAACCCAGAAGGGAUUAAUUGAGACAGUCCAAAAUGUUCUACCUGAUUCACACCAUAGAUUUUGUGUGAAGCACAUAGAGGCAAACUGGUGCAAGAGAUGGAGGACAGAUGAGUUCAAGAAGUUGCUAUGGUGGAGUGCCUGGAGCUCUUAUGAGGAAGAUUUCAAGGAUCAGUUGAAGAGUAUUGGGGAACUGAGUAAGGAAGCUGAUGAAUCAUUGUUAAUGUAUCCUCCACGGGCUUGGUGUAGAGCCUAUUUUGAUACUAUGUGCAAGAACCAAAAAGUUGAGAAUAACUUCACUGAGUCAGUGAACGCAUGGCUGGUUGAAGCAAGGGAAAGGGAGAAAGCUGUGAGGUCAUGGGCAAAUGAUUUCAGUCCACAUAGUUUGAAGAUUUACAAUGAAUACUUCAAGAUAGGUACCACUUCUUGCUAUGUGGACAUCAAUGGUGACAAUGGCUAUGAAGUCAGGGAAGGGACAGAUAAGUACACUGUAAACAUGGUUUUCAAAAAAUGCACAUGUAGGGGAUGGGAUCUUACUGGAAUCCCAUGCCCACAUGAAAUUAAAGCCCUGCAAUUAAAAAGGUUGGAGCCUAUGAAUGAAAUCAACUGGUGGUACAGCAAAGAAGCAUAUCUGCUUACCAACAAGUAUAAGUUGCAGCUAGUUAGGGGUGAAAAAUUCUGGGAGUUAGAUCCAUCACAAACAAUGGAACCACCUGAGUUCGUCAAGAUGGCUGGGAGGCCUAAAAUCAAGAGAACAAGACAAAAAGAUGAGGCAAUCAAAAGGCAAGGUGAAUAG